AUCGACGCGCCAAUCGUAGCGAACCGCAUAACGAGGCUGAACCAGAAUAAAAUUGUAUACCAAAUAAUCAGGCCAGUGUGGUAGGCCAAGACCACUCGUAGGUUCUAGUGCCUGAUAAGUAAAUAAAUUAUCAAGUACAGUGCACAGUAAUAUGCAUACUCGUUAACGAACUAUUUCGUGGAUCGAGCGAAGAGAAAUACUAAUUAUCAAGAACAGCUUCAAACUUUCAAGGUGCUAUUACGUCGUUUUUAUAGAAAUAAUGCGUCCGAUCUUAUCUAUGUAAAAAAUAGUAUUUACUCUUUUUAGUGCGCAAUGAAUUUGUGAAUAAAUCAGUGAACUUUUCAAAGCGAAUAUCUGAUUAGCAGAAUCGUCGAAGCAUUGAUUGCUUCAUGUUAUUGCUACCAGCGUUGAAUUCCGGACCGGCAGAAUGUGAUAAGAUGGGUGUUCUGCGUGUUAUCAAGUGCGAAUAAAAACAAGGAACAAAUGCCAUAAAGUGCACCGAAGCACUACUAUCAACGGUCCCGUGUUCGGUUUGCCGCUGGAUUAGUAUGAGCUGUGGAACAAGAUCAGAACUACUAUCAACACUUGAUGCUCUAGUCGCAGCGAUGUGCACAGCAUUUGCAGUUCUUACUUUAGCAAGACAAGGUGCAUUAUCGUUGUGAAAAGUGUUUCUCAGCCAUGUAUCGACUAGUUUGGUGCCUGUUGGUCUCUUUAUUUGCAAUAGCGGUGCAAGUGAGCAGUGAUACUAACUUGGACAUUUCAACCACACAGUCGUCAGUACAGGAACUACGACAAGAUGAGCAAGAGCAACAAGUAUCCAUCGUAGAAAAUUAUGAGUACAUCAAUCAGAUCCGUUCGCUAUUCAGCAACAUAGAGCAAGAGAUGCAGCAGAAGCGUGCACAAUCCCAAAAGGCGAUUGUUGACAAUCAUGCCAAACAAGAGCAGAGCAUCCAUCUAUUGGUCGAAAUAGAGAAAGAAAUCCAAAAUCAUCGGGAAGAGGUAGCGAAAGAUCGGGUUCAGUUUUCGAAAUGGCAGUCAGAGAUCACAACAAAUCAAAUUGAGACAAUCAAUGUUUUGAAGGAAGUUCUACGUGAUAUUGCGACAAUUCAAGUUACUCAAAAUCAAACAAUUGAACCGCUUAAUAAUUUACAGCAGGAGGUUCAACAGGAACAGAAGGAUGAAACGAAGUUCGCAGAGUCUCGUGAGGUAAUCGAAGACGUGAAAAAGCAGCAGAACGAAAAGUUGUUGAUCAAUUUACCACAAACACUGGCCGAGUUGAAAACAGAAAUGUUCAAGCAACGAGAGCAAUGUAUCGACAAUCACAACAAGUAUGAAACGCUUAUCGAGCAAUUACAGCGCGAUAAUACGAAGUUGCGUAGCACAUUAUUGGAUGUUCAACUCAGCUCUUAUCAGACUUGCAAAGAUGUGCCGGUGAAGGUGUCAGGAAAGUAUAAUAUCCGCGGAAAUGAUACAUUUUCAACUUUUGUAGCGUAUUGUGAGCAACAGGAGUUUGGCGGAGGUUGGAUGGUCAUUCAACAUCGUUUCGAUGGAUCACUUAGCUUCGAUCGCAACUGGACGGAAUACAGAAAUGGAUUUGGCAUUGUCGGUGGAGAGAUCUGGAUUGGGUUGGAGAAAAUUUAUCAGUUUACGAAGAAACACGAUUGUGAGCUGCUGAUCGAGAUGAAAGACUUUUAUAACAACACCAAAUACGCGAGAUACUCCUCAUUUGCCAUCGGGAGCGAAUACGAGCAGUAUAACCUGGCCACUCUGGGAGAGUUUAGUGGCACGGCUGGGGACUCCCUAUCACAACACAUAGGAAUGAAAUUUUCGACCACAGAUAGAGAUAAUGAUCCUAGCGCAACUAAUUGUGCUGAAAACUAUCAUGGAGGAUGGUGGUUCACAAAAUGUCAUUAUUCGUUUUUGAAUGGAUUGUAUCGAAAUGUUAGUGGGCUGUCUGAGCAAAUAAUUGCCUGGAAUGACUUCAGCGACGACUAUAGAGGGUUGCGCUACUCCCGCAUGUUAAUACGUCCAUUGAACUAGUAAGCAGAAAGGCAUAACAAGGAGUUAAACAAAUAAAGUGGUAACACAAAUCAACUUUAAUCUACAAAUUGAGCAACAAACAAGUUAUAUUUUCGAAUAUUAUCUAUUCAAGAAUAAAAUUUCUGCACUUUGGUUCGAUAGUCUAGCGUUCAAAAUACUCGACUGCCUGGAAUUGCUGGUCAGGAAGGCCAACAGAUUCGGGAAGCUCUGUACUGUACUUUACUGAAAUUUUCAUUAAAAGACUCUGAAUCGCUAUCAUUCCUACGUCGAUUCAUGAAAAACUUUCAUAAAAUUCUGCUGCGGUUCAGUACGAAAAUGAAAAUGAACUCGAAACGAACAAAAAUGAGGCGUCAAGUAACGCCUGACGGGAAUAGGCAACCGAAAUUUUUUAAAGCUUUCUUAAGGUGGGUUCACACCGACCGCACCGCACGCGAAUGAUGACGUAUCUUUUUGCUGCAGAGGCGAUUAUUUUUGUCCGGGAUUUUUUGGGACUUUUUCAGGGUUUUAAUAAGUUUUUCUACAAAUUAACCAAAAUUACGAAUUAAUGAUAAGUGUUUUAGCAGCCAAAAGGUGCCACGAAAGUGCCGCAUGACGGACACACCGAAAACCACCAGAUUGCCGGAGAUUUAACCGGAAGCGGCCACGUAAAAUAUUUGAAUUCAUCGUUCAUCAUUUUGUAAAUCGUGCAAAAUGAAUCUUUUGGCUGUGUUUUCCUUCGCCCUAUCGGUGCUAAGUGUUUCCGGGAGCGACUACACUUUCCUCUUCAACGCCACGAAACUCCCCAACAAGGCCGUCACCCCCACGUUGGCCAAUGGUCACCUCGGAUUCGUCGUUUACGGUGAUUCUGUGCACCUGAAUGGGGUGUACAAUGGACUGAGGGGUGUUAGCCAUCGCGCCCGCAUCCCCAACUUUGCCAACAUCCAGAUCGGAAACUGUUCCUCGCUCAAAGUACAGACCAAGAACUGCCGGUAUCAGCUGGAUAUGCGGAGUGGCAAGUUUCGAACGACUCUGAAGGAUCCGGCCGAUGGGUACAGUGUCCUGCAUGAGGUAUACCCCAACCGGCACUUUGACCAAACCAUCGUGAACCGGAUCACGGUGCGCCGGUUGCAAUCAACUCAACCGAUCGAGAUCGAAAUGCGGCAACUGACUGGCCCCAAGAGCGUCGAUCUCGAGCUGGAUCCACUCGAUACGAUGGACGCUCGAGGAGAGGUUUACUUCCUUAUGUGUGGUCGAACAAAAGAGGUCGAAGAUCCUCGAUAUCAACCGCAAGGACAUUCGAUCUGCGUGGCGUACAAACAGAUUCCGCGAACGCUGACGCUCGCACCGGACGAACCGGAGAGGACGUUCGUGUUUUUCACGGUUUUCUCUCGAUCACGCGAGGAAGUGGAACGCGAACUAACGGGAUUAAGGAAUCACGAUUACGAGCAACUGCACCGGCACGAAAUGGAUCGAAUGUGGCAAAAGUAUGGCAUCACCGUGGAAGGCAAUGAUCGGUUGGAUCGCGUUAUCAAAGCGAGUGCCUUCUAUCUCUCGAGCUCAUUGCCCUCGCAGGGUACCUAUCAGCCGAGCAGCUAUCCAUUCUACGGUCUUUCACCUUCCGGACUAGGUCGCGGUGGAAAGGAACUGGCCGAGUACCAGGGACACAGCUUUUGGGACACGGAAAUGUGGAUGUUUCCACCGAUCCUGCUGCUCGAUCCGGUGAAUGCACGGAAGCUACUUCACUACCGAACACUCGUGACCGAGGCCGCGGCAGAUAACGCGCGCAGUAACGGCUACGAAGGGUGGCAGUAUGCCUGGGAAUCGGCUUUCACCGGUAGUGAAACGACGCCCGACUUUUGUCCGCAAGUGCCAGAGUACCAGCAUCACAUAACGGCGGACAUUGCGUACGCGGCGCGCCUUUACUAUUAUGCCACGGGCGAUCUGGAUUGGUUGCGUACGGAAGCAUGCCAACUGGUGUACGAGACGGCCCGAUUCUGGAAGAGUCGCGUAGAUUACAAUCCCGAAACGGACACGUUCGAUAUCGGACGGAUCAUGGGACCGGAUGAGGAUCAUCACAAUGUCACGAACAGCAUCUACACGAACGUGGUCGCGGCGCACAAUCUGUUCUUUGGUGCCUUCGUUGGAUGCCAGUGCAGUGGCCCGGGAGGCAAGCAUCCCCAAGUUAACGAGAAGGAACUGCAGCAAUUCUUGCGAAUCGCGAGAAGCUUAUCACUACCGUACAACGAACAGUACGAUGUCCAUCCCGAGUAUAAGGAGUACACAUUCGGCACCAAAAUCAAACAGGCCGAUGUCGUGCUGCUUGGCUAUCCGCUCGAGUUCCCCAUGAAAGUAUCAACCAAAGCGAACAACUUGAAGCUCUACUCGAUGGUUACGCGCGCGGAUGGUCCAGCGAUGACCUGGGCCAUCCAUACGAUCGGUCAUCUCGAUCUGAACCAACAGCAAGAGGCGGCUAUGAUGUUCCGUAAAAGCUACCAGCAGUACCUUCGCGCACCAUUCCACGUGUGGAGCGAAAAUGGGGAUGGAGCGGACGGUGCCGGUAACUUUAUCACCGGAGCAGGAGGUUUCCUACAAUCCGUAAUCAACGGAUAUGCUGGGGUGCGCCUUCGACACAAGCAGCUAGUUAUUACGAGCCCGCAACCACCACCGGACACAACGCGGCUCUUCAUUCCAGAGAUAAACUACGCCGGAAUUCGGUUCUCGCUUGACAUCGAAAGACACUCGUUCCGAAUCGUGUUCUCCGGUGCCGGUAGCGAUGCGUUUGAUAAGCUCACUCUACUAGUCGACGGUUUAGAACUGAACCUUUACGAUGGCUGUGAUUAUACUGGUAAGCAUGAUGCGGUGCUGCUGUUACGUCUGGAAGACGAUGCUGUAGGGGAGCAGCAACCGGUCUGCACACUUCAUGAGACUGUACUAGGAAUGCGGUUGGCCGAUCAGGAUGGCAAGUUAUUCACGACCGCCCAGUUGAUGGUGAUCGCACUAGUCGUUGGCUUAGCCGGCGUUCUUUACGUUCUACGGGUAACGUUAGGAGCUAAGCGGAAAGAGACCGUCGGUAAAUCCAGUAAGGGAGGUACCACCUCACAGCACAAACCUAUUCGUAGGAAAUUGAAAAAUAAAUCGGGAAAAUAGAUUCUUUCG